CCCCUCCCAGCCUCCGGGUAGGAGGGGAGAGAGGGAACGGGGAGGGGGGUCAAGGAGGCCCUGCUUUAUAAAGGCAGCUGGAAGGGCGCUACCGCCAGACCAGCUGCCCGGAUCCCCUGCGCUGCCCGUCGCCCCACGUGACCGCCCUCCCCCGGCUCCACCGCUGAGUGAGUUGGGGUGCGUUCCCUUCCACUUCCAGACCCUCACCUCGCUGCCAGCUCCAGGCCCGCUCGCCAUGGCCCUCCUCGGGGCCCUCCUCCUAGCUCUGCUGGCCGGCGCCCACGCGGAGCUCCCGGGCUGCAAGAUCCGCAUCACAUCCAAGGCGCUGGAGCUAGUGAAGCAGGAGGGGCUGCGCUUUUUGGAGCAAGAACUGGAGACCAUCACUAUCCCAGACCUGCGGGGCGAAGAGGGCCACUUCUACUACAACAUCUCUGAGGUGAAGGUUACUAAGCUGCAGCUGAGGUCCUCAGAGCUCCACUUCCAACCCGAGCAGGAGCUGAUGCUGCAAAUCACCAACGCCUCCUUGGGGCUGCGCUUCCGGAGACAGCUUCUCUACUGGUUCUUCUAUGAUGGGGGCUACAUCAACGCUUCCGCGGAUGGUGUGUCCAUCCGCACAGGUCUGCAGCUCUCCCAGGAUCCCACCGGCCGGAUGAAAGUGUCCAAUGUCUCAUGCCAGGCCUCUGUCUCCAAAAUGCAUAUGGCUUUCGGGGGAACCUUCAAGAAGGUGUAUGAUUUUCUGUCCACGUUCAUCACCUCUGGGAUGCGCUUCCUACUCAACCAGCAGAUUUGCCCGGUGCUCUAUCACUCGGGGAUGGUCUUGCUCAACUCCCUCCUGGAUACUGUGCCUGUGCGCAGUUCUGUGGAUGAGCUGGUUGGCAUUGACUAUUCCCUCCUGAAGGAUCCUGUGGUCUCCAACGACAAUCUGGACAUGGAAUUCCGGGGGGAAUUCUUCCCCCUGGUGGAGGGGGACUGGAGCUUCCUCAACCAGGCAGUGGAGCCUCAGCUGCAGGAGGAGGAACGGAUGGUGUAUGUAGCCUUCUCAGAAUUCUUCUUCGACUCUGCCUUGGAGAGCUACUUCUGGGCAGGAGCCUUUCGGUUGUCAUUGGAGAAGCUGCCAAAGGAUCUGGACAUGCUGCUGAGGGCCACCUACUUUGGAAGCAUUGUCCUCCUGACCCCCGCAGAGAUCGAUUCCCCGCUGAAGCUGGAUCUUCGGGCCAUAGCCCCACCACGCUGCACUAUCAAACCCACGGACACCACCAUCUCCAUCACUGCCAGUGUCACCAUUGCCCUGAACCCGCCGCACCUGCCGGAGAUCCAGCUGUCCAGAAUGAUCAUGGAAGCGCGUCUCAGUGCCAAGAUGGCGCUCCGGGGCAAAGCGCUCCGCACGCAGCUGGAACUGCACAGGUUCCGGAUCUACUCAAACCAGUCGGCACUGGAGUCGCUGGCACUGAUUCCGCUGCAGGCCCCUCUGAAGACCCUGCUGCAGAUCGGGGUGAUGCCCCUGCUCAAUGAGCGGACCUGGCGUGGCGUGCAGAUCCCCUUACCGGAGGGCAUCAGCUUCACCCAUGAGGUGGUCACGAACCAUGCGGGCUUCCUUACUGUUGGGGCUGACCUCCACUUUGCCAAAGGGCUGCGAGAGGUGAUUGAAAAGAACCGGCCUGCUAACAGCAGAGACGCCCAGGCACCCAGUGCCCCUCCGCUCUCCACGGCAGCUGCCUGAGCCCUCAAGCCCCAUGUUGGCAGCUGCCGGUCAGGACUUUAGCCCUUCUCAGUCUUUCCUUCUGCCCCUCCAGAGCCUGGCAGGGUCCCUCUAGCCCCCAGUGCCACAGAGAAGACAGGGUUUGAAGUUGUACGUUUAAUUCCAUAAGCCGUUUAUCUGUCAAUUAUAAUCCGUCCACCCCUCCCCUUGGGCUGUCCUGAGAGCUGUGUUGGGGUCCUGGGAAGAGGAUCAGUGCAUCAGGAAGAGCUUUCUUUAAGCAGGGAGAGAGCCAGGCCACUCAGGUAGGGGCUGCUGCAGGG